CUCCAGACUCAGAGGGUUAUACAGGCAGCCUUCUCAAAAUGGCUACCACUGCUGGAAAAACAGCACUGUAUAUGGUCCCUCUUCAAGAUGAGUUAUGUCUUGAUCCACUGCCAUUCUCAGCAGAAGAGUUUGCGAAGAUGCCAAAGGUUGAGUGUCGUACUUGUAAAACCACAAUGCCACUACCAGUUUUGUACUUGCAUGUUAAAUCUUGUGGUGGCUGCACACAGUCCGCUAAUGAUGAGACUACUGAAGAUGAUGAUGAGGAUGUAAAAGUAGUUGGUGAGAUUACCAGAGCAGUUACCCCUACAGCCCCAGCUUCUAUACACACACCCACCACUUCAAUACAAACUUGUUCUCCUACACCCACCACAAGUUUUGAGGAUGAGGGACAGUGUCCCAUUUGUUUAGACACAUUUUCACAGACAGAGUUGCCCAUGCAUGCAAGUGUAUGUGGAGAUAGUACAUUACAGACACUGGAUUAUGAGAGCAGUCCUCCGUGUGGCACACCUGUACAGCAAAACCAAGGCCCAGACAUGAAAUGUCCAGAUGAUGUAUUGCGUUUGUUGGCAAGUAGGGUAGAUGACAGCAAGGAUUUCAAGAUCUGUGUUUCUCGAACUGACUUCUAUCAAAGAGCUAUGGUGCAGUGGCAAAGACAAAAGAGAGGAACCCCGGGCAAUACUUUGCGUGUAACAUUUUUGGGGGAAGCAGGUGUUGACACAGGUGCCAUUCGUAAGGAAUUUCUUUCAGGCAAGUCAGGUUCACAAUCGCCUUAUUAGGUUUUUAUAUUCAU